GAGAGUACGAAAAGCAAGGACGACGGCUCGGCGAAGGCGCAACAUAGCGCGCGCGCCUCGUUACGUUCUUCUCGCGCUCGCGGGGUUGAAACUCGGCUCAGUUGGAUCGCGACACCCUCCGUCGAAGGGUCCGGCCGCGACAGGGUCGUCCCAUGGUUGUGUGGCGGUGCGUGAAGAACCCGAGACCGGAUGCGUGUCUCGUUUUUAACCCUCCGCGACCCAUUCGCGAGAAUAAGUAUAACGCGAUAGUCAGAGAUAAUAAUGAUAUAAAGCGUUUUAAUUAACUGCGAAAAUAUACGUAAAAAAAUUUUAGAGAAUCCUAAACAAUAAAAGAUAACAGUUAUCUUUAUUUAUUUCUGUUAAGAACCACCUCUAAAAAAAAAAAUACAAAGAAUUUUUUUUUAUUGUGCGAAUGUAAAGUGCGCUCUCGCCGAGCCGCGCGAUUCAAUGGUCGGUAAAUGUCGGCAGCAGGGGCAUUAAAUUAUAAACUUGGUGCUUCCGAGUAUGAACUCCGCUAAUACCAAGGAGCUAUUUUCGCGUAGGAACUAGGAACCGAUAUCUCGGAACGCAAGGCCGGUAGAUCAAUAUGACGAUCAAUCGCGCGCACGACGAGUCGCUGUAACGUGACGAGCGUGAAUUACAUCAUUACGGUACACGUGCGUGGUGCUUCCACGACCAUCGGCGGAACCAACAGCAACAAUAAUCCAAGGUCGUCGUGGGUGGCGGUGAGAGCAAGGUCGCCAGGGUCGCGGAAUCGCGAGGAGAAUGUGGAGGAAGGACGCGACCAGGUUGGCCAGGCUGAUCGUCGUCGUCGCCACGCUGCUGAUUUCCCUGACCGUUGACGGGAUCGCCGCCGGCAGCUGCAGCUCCGCGAAGCUCUGUUGCCAGGGCAGGGACUCGGGCUGUGUCAUUCAGAAGGAGUCGAACGAGAUCCCCUCUAUCGACAAACGCGCGAUUCGCGACAAGCCGUGCUACUGCGACCACGCGUGUCUCAAGCUCGCCGAUUGCUGCGACGACUUCAAAGAGACCUGCGGCGUGGUCGACUGCGCGGUGAGCGAAUGGAGCCCGUGGACCCCGUGCGAUAACGGAUGCGGAAGUGGCACUCAAAGGCGCAGCCGGGUGAUCGAGAUCGAGGAAAAGAAUGGCGGAAAGCACUGUCCGCACUUGGACCAGGUCAGGACGUGCCGCAGCUUCGAGAAAUGCCACGCCAGGAUUCGCUCGCAGCCGCAUGCUAAAAGUGUGAUGCUUCUUGCGCUUUCCCCGAGCGACGGCAACAGUACGGAUGUAAGGAUCAAGAAUAGGAUCGCCGAUAAAAGAGGCAGCUGCGUUCCCUUCACCAUUCUGUGGGUCUCGCGGGGCUGCAGGAAGUUUUCGAGUCUGCUCUCACAAGGUUCGUGGAUUUGCGUGGAGCGCCCGGGUAACGAGAGUCUGGACAAAUACGUGGGCAUCGGCAAGUGGAAGCUGUCGGCCGAUAUUGCUGGCAGCAACAAUCGGCACGGUCGGUCGACCUAUUCGAUCUGCCACGGGAGAUGGGUCGGCGAUUCGCCGGUGGUUUGUCACGACGAUCUGCGAUGUUCCGGAUACACCUCGCAGCUGGUGGAUUGCCGCGAUGAUUCGCGAUGCGUGUACAAUCCGCGAUUCGAGUCCAGCCUGACGACGACCCCGUACACCACGCAAGCGGUCCGAAGUCGCAGGGGUGCGAACAGCGAUAGGCCCGCCGUCAGCAGCAGAGUUGUGAGAAGACGAAGGAGAGGCAGACGACGGAAGAGGAGUAAAAGAAGAAGGCGCGCCGCAGAACGGUGAACGUUCUUUGGAGCUUUACCGUAACUCCCGCAAGUGUCGUCAAUGUCGGAGUCCCUUUUUCUUUCUCUACUUUUCUCCUUAUUUGUUAUUAUUAUUAUUAUUAUGCAGAAUGUAUCGUAAGAUACUUUAGAUGGGAUUCUCUGAGAAACUCGAUCGUGUCGAUUUUUCCGUGGCAAAAAUAUCGGGGAAUUAUCGAUUUAAAGUUUAGAAUCGAUUCGAUACUUUGCAUAUUGAGCUGCGAAGCUACAGAUAGGCGGGCAAAUACAGAACCUUGUCCUUUUCUUUAAGUCCAAGUGUACUUUAUAAUAGGAUUUUAAUUUUGAGACUAUUUGAUUACCAGAGAAUUUAAUUUUAAAAACAAGAAAGUUGGCGUUCAAUUAAAUUCUCGCUAACGAAAAAUCAACGCUCUGGAUUAGUCCGAGAAUCCGUGUAUUUAACUUAAAUAUCAUUACUCGACGUUUCGUUAUCUUUUAAAUUGAAUUAUCUCUUGCAUCGUUUAUCGAUAUUUUUAUUUAUUUAGUUAUUUCAAACUUGAAAACUUUUUUUUCUGUGUUAAGUUUCGCUGGGCUGAAACUACAAAACAUGGAAUAAAAUCCAUUUUCUCUUUUAUUCCUUUUUUUUUUCUCUUUUUCUACUCGGCUUGACGUAGCAAUCGCGUACAGAUCCAUUGUCUAGAUUAUUCCGAUUAAUUAUCAUAUCGAUUUUAUCAUUAGCGCAAGCUUGCGAAACGUCCGUCGGGAGAGGAGAAUAUCUUAUUCCCUUUGGAGGGAAUCGCGAGAUAAUCGAUACUAGCGACGUAAGAAUUAUGAUUUACGCAGAUUAUGAGCUAAUAAAUUGUGACGACGCUCGGGAGAUAAGAAUAUCACAGGAACGAGUGUUGGAUAAUAUAUACAUGUUGUAUUAAUUUAGUAUUUUCCUCUUUCUUUCUUUUCCUUUUCUUCAGGUUUCAUCCAAUCUAAUGUAUUGUAUAUGCGUUUGUCGAAUAUAGAUAUAUAAAAAAAAAAUAUAUAUAUUCGUAGCGAGCGGAUAAAAAGAAUUUUAUCAUUAUUAUAAUCAUAAAUAAUUGUAUUUUAUUAAUAACGUGACUAUCACAAUAUCUUCCAUAAGACAGGAGAUUUAUAAGAUCAGAGAUAUAUAUACUGCCUCAUGCACAUUUUUCUUUAAUCGUUUUGUUCAAUUUAUUAUAAGUAUUCUAUAUAUUUACAUACAGGGUGUCUCAAAACUAUCACUUAUUUAUAACUCGUUGGAAAUGCUCCAUUGGAAGAAAUAGUAUUUUUUCAAUUCAGAUUCUAGCAUUCAUAGUAACGAUGCUCUCUUUGCGAUGCCCUGUAUAUCUUGAAAAUAAUUUUUAAUGUCAUUAAGUGUAUAUAUAUAUAUAUCCAUCUUAUUAAUACAUAUCGUAUGAUAUAAUAAAAUUUCUGUACAGUCCCGUUUUACUUUUUAGUAUUUGCAUCUUUAAGUGCAAUAUCAUCAUUUCUCUUCACGAGAAACAUAUCGGCGUGACGAGAGAUUAAAGGCUCUCAAAGUGAAACGAACAAAAUGUAAAAGCACAGUCAAUAAAAAGCACUUGCACAUA